AAUCAUUGGAAUCGUAGAUGUUGGAAAUGUUCUACUGUAAAUUUGAUUAUUCUUCUGUCCUUCGCCCCACUGUUUCACUUACAUGUUCGGAAUGUGUGGGGGUCUUGUAGUGGUAUUUCGAUAGUUUUGUCAUGUUAAAAAAUGACUUGGAAUCCCUUGAGGAGAAAUUACUUGUCCACCAAGCCAAGUCCAGCUCCGCUUGUUCUUGCUAAGAUAGAUGAACGAAAUUUGGAGAUUGUAUUUCAAAGACUACAAAACAUUGAAGAAACUACAAGAAGACUUCAGAAAGAUAUGAAGAAGUACCUUGAAAAUGUAGCAUCUGUAAUAAAGUCAGAGCAGAAAAUUACAACAGACUUAAGUGGGAGUGCACUUUGUCAUCAGAAUGCUGAGCUGAGGAAGCUUGUAGAAGAUUAUCACUCUGUAACCUCACAGUUAUAUAAUUCUGCACGAGAUCUCUCAUCAGUUAACCAGCGAACAUUUCUGGAGCCAUUAAAGAAGUAUGGUGGUAUAUUUAAUAGUGUUGAUUCAGCAUUUCAGCGCCGUGAGCAGCUACUUCAGGAAUGGCGCAACCUUGCAGCAAAAGUUCACAAAUUGGAAGAACGGGAGCGGACAGCUAGUAAUGUUGUGAAACUUGAACGUGAGAAAAAAUCUCUUGAGGUGUCAGCCAAGGAACUGGUGACAUGUCAUGCUUUCCUCCUUUCAGAACUAACUCAGUUUCUUGAGAAAAGGAUCAGUUACUUCCACCCAACACUUCAGGCACUGCUGAGAUCACAACUUGAAUAUUAUGGAAAUACUACCAGACUCUUCACUCACCUUGUACUUGGUACCAAUGCUAAAGAAGGUUCACCUUCAUCAUUAUCUGUUUCAGACUCAGAAUUUGAGGCCAGUAUUAACAGCAAGUUGAUUCGCAUCCGUGCUUUAUCCAUUGUGAAAACCUAAGUUUAUGACAUACUUUGUACAAAAUAGAUCUCCGUAUCGCAGUAUGUUCUGAUUUGUACUGUAUGUUUCAAGUAAGGAUUUACUUCACCUUCUAUCUGAUUGUUAUAUAACAGUAGAAGUCCUGACAAGUUACUUGAUUUCACUUACAAUUUUAAAGUUAUAUAAAUUUUCCACAGUUUUAUUGGUUAAAAUGUGGGAAAUGGAGAUGCAAUACAUGAAAAUGCGUUUCUUAAGAGAAAAGUACACAGCUAAAGUGUGGAUCAUAUCCAAUGACUAUUCCUCCUAUUUUAAGUAUAGAAAAUGUCUGACAUAAUGACUCUAAUAUUCUAGUGUGACUGAGAGUUUCUACUCUGUGCACAUCUAAGCACUUCAUAAAUUUUUGUGGCUAUCUUUGUAGGUUUCACUGUAAUUCCAGCCAUUUCAAAAUGCGGUAACUAGUAUGAAAACUUGUGUUAAAGACUCAGAAGUGGUACAGUCCAGUGCCUUCCCUCCAGCUCAAUAUCUAUAAUUUAUUGUCCCUGUUAUGUGAGUUAUUGGCUUACAGUAAACUCAGUCCAGAAAUGUUAAGGUCAUUUCUCACAUACGCACAUCUCGAUAUUAGUAUUUAUUGGACAAAUGUGUGUUCAAUGAUGAGAUGGUGUUCCCAUAGUAUUUGUUAGAAUUUACAGGUUUUUGCUUGCCUGGUGCAGGGAGUCAUAGUACAGAGGUGAAGAUAAUAUUAUUGAACAACCUCAUUUAUUCUAGCAGCUGCACAUAUUUUAUGUUUUAUACCGAACUGGUACAUUGUAAACAAUUAAAAUACAUCAUCACAUCUUUAAAUAUAUAUAUAUAUCUAUAUAUAUGCAAUUAUUAGCAGGUAUAUAUUGAAAGGUAAACAUAAAUAUUAAUAACUAAUAACAUUUACUUAAUACUUACUGAGUCAGUACUAUGGGUGCCCUGUCAUUUGAAUUAUUAAACCAAUUUUUUAAGUGACAAAUCAGCUACUUCACAAUUAACUUGUUCUGCAAACCAAAUUAUGUUAAUUAAAAUUGGGCUCUGGAUAUCACUACAUGAACAGUAGACAUGCUAUAAUGAUGGUUGAAUCUAUACUCUUGUACUAUAGAGAAUGAGAGAAUUAGUAUCAGCUUACCGAAGGUUUUUCUGUUACACUUCACAGUAUGUAUAAUAAUAAUGUGCUGUGACAUAUAUGUAGAUAUGCAAUUAAAAUUAAGUAAUGAAAUAUUACUUUUUGAUUAAUGAACGGGCAUAUUGAUCAUAAUUAUUGCCCCCUUCAAAAAUAUGCAAAUAUCAAUUACAGUUGUAAAUCAUCAAAUAUUAAUACAAGAUCCUACAUUUUAAUACUGUGCUAUUUCAAAUGCCCAAAAAUUUCUUCUUAGUUUCCAUAAGAAUAGUUUUAUGGUGAUGAAAAUUGGCAGCAAAUACUGUGAUGAUAUAUCAAGGAUUAAAAUCUUACAAAAAGAACUGAUGUUGAAAUCCAGCAAAACUUUAUUUACAACCAAUACUGUCAAACCAGAAAUGGUUGGUCAGUGGCAGUAAAAUAUGAUGUGAGUAAAAAUAAUGACUUGUCAUUUCCUAAAAUAGACUGUGGACUAGUAUUCCACAAAUGGUGCUUUUUCAGGAAGGAAGACAUGACCAGAGUAGAGGGAUGUUGUUUUAUGACAUGUAUAUCUAAUAAUUAUAAACUGUUUUUCUUUUACUUUAUUGUUUAUUGGGGGGAAGUGCUGUCUUAUUAUUUACAGGUACAGAAUAUCUUUAAAAAACUUCAUAAACAGCUGUUAUAUAAAUAGGUAAUAAAAAUUGUUAGUUUAAAAAAUAUCUUUUCCAGAAUUAUUCUAUGAUUUUACCAUUUCCUGGCUAACUGCUAAUUGCAGUGAUAAUAAUUAAAUGGUGGGUCCCUGUUCCUUAACUGUAUGUCACCUAACAGCCCACAACAACCGCCAUUGGCACUCGCACCUCAUUAAUCGUUUAUUUGUAAUAUGCUUAAAAUUAAAUUAUAAAAAAACUAUACAUAUUUUGCACUAUAUUUAUUAUGUCCUACCAGUAAAUAUUUUUAAUAAUAACAAUUAAAUAUGGCUGCCUUUUCAUUUGAAAUGAUUUAAUCUUGUGAGCUAGCUACCAGAAAUGUUUUCUUACAGUCAAUAAAAUAAAAAAACUUAUAAUUAACUCACUAUUAUCUGAUUUCUACGAAUAGGUAAAUUUAGUGUUAGAACACAUUCACAAAAAAUUAUAAUAAACUGUACAGGUAUUAGUAAGUUUUGUUCUGUUUCCUUUGGUACAAAAGUUAUGGCUUCUUUGUUUUACAAUAAAAUGGGAGCUGUAGGCACAAAAGAUGACGACAUUUAAAGUGUGUCAAUAUAGAAGCAAGAAAUAUAAAUCUAUCGCCAAUUUCUGUUUCAUAUAGCUCUCGAGAACUUGCACGAUGGGAACAAGUUUCAGUCAGUUAAACUAAGCUGUGGAAGGUUUGAGAUGUAUCAAGACAUUUUAAAGAACAAUCAUUGCAAAACUGUGGUAUCAUAGGUUUGUGGUAAGGCUGCCCUUUAUGUGAUGUGUACAGUCGGACAUUUCAAAGGGAUGGACACACCCUUUCUGUAAUAUAUUUCAGUAGAAUAUAUAUUAUUUUCAUUCCUGCAA